AUGUCCUUCCCCUGGCACUCCGGCACCCACGCCGCUCUAGUCGCCCGGGGCAACCACUCCCUCUACCUCACCGCCGCUGGCCCUCCCCGCCCCAUGACCAACACCCACCUCCAACCAGCCAUAAUCAUCGAAGCCGGACUCUGCAGCGGCCUAACCGACUACGACCGGGCCGGCUACGGGCUCAGCGAGCCCUCACCAGCACAAAAUUACACAGCCGAGAACCGCAUUCGCGAAUUGGCGCAAUUACUCGACAUCACCGGAAUCGAACCACCGUAUGUCCUCGUUGGGCAUUCGUAUGGCGGGAUGCUCGUGCGGGAGUUUCUCCGGCAGUAUCCGGAUCAAAUGGCGGGGAUGGUGUUGGUGGAUUCAGCGAGGACGAGGACGAAGUUACCGUCUGAUACGUUUGAUUUGCUGGGCGAGAGUACGUACUAUGGUAGUGUGGGGUUGGAUGAGAAUCAUGUAGUUUCGGAGGAGGAGUACGCAGCGAUCAAGGAAGACGAGAAGCGGAAUAUGUCGACAGCGGAGAUCGAGGAAUCGUAUAUGGAGACCAGUACUCAGAUAGUGAAUGAUGCAUUGCCGGAGGGGUGUCCGGUUCUGGGGGAUGGGAGAUUGAGUGUGAUUUUUGCUACUGAGUCGGUGGAUUUUACUAAGCUUUAUAUGUAUGCUGUGGAGAAUAAUGUCGGGACGGAGGAUGCUCGACAGCGUCUGGCUGUGCGGUUGCAGGAUAUGGGGCGGGUGGAUGAAUAUGGGCAGCGAGCGCAUCUGGGCUUGUCUAGACAGAGUCGGUUUGUUUAUGCGGAGGGCAUGUAUCGGACGCAUAGAUUGCAGUAUGUUACGCCGGAGGUCAUAAGGGAUGAGGUGACCUGGGUGUUGGGGUUGAGUGAGUAG